UACGUCAAAUUUUUCGACCAAUGAAAUUGGAGAGGAGAAUCCCGCAGAAUAACAACAAACGUCUAGAAGACAUACCUGACGAAAACAAUGAAUGUUCGGUUUCUCUUUGUUAAAUAAGGAAAGGGUGUCGUGCAAAGCAAAAAAAUGCCAGUUGAAAAAGGACUGAGAGCAACAUCGCCUGUUCACGUUCAUGUUGAAGAUGAUAUACCAGUUCAUGUUCAUGUAAAGCAAAAGGGGAAAAAAGGAACAAAAAAGAUUGGUUCUGGGGUAACAAGUGUAAAAGGAGGUAAAUCUGUGAGAAGUAAAUCAGCAUCUUCCAGAGUAAAGGCCCCAGUCACGGGCCCAUGGGUGCCAGCCCCGGGGCGGGCCACUAAAGGGCAGAAAGUCUCAUGGCAGUGGCAUCCAUGUCAUUGUUCCUGCCUUGGUUGUGGAGAAAAGAUCAGGAGACCUCAGUCAAGAUCAAGACCAACUCGGUUUUGUUGGAAGGGCCCAACACACAGAUUAGAAAUCAACACUCCAAAGGAUGCCUUACGAAUGGAUGACCUGUCCACUGAUGAAGAAGAACACAUCCACGGACAAAUGAAAAACUAUGAAAAGAAAAUUGAAAAUCUCAUGUCAGAGAUGGGCUCCUUAAAAACAGAGGUUGAGAUACAGAACAGUCACAGAGAAUUGGAAAGGAAAGAAGAACUGUUAGAAACAAGUCGUCAUGUAAUGGAUGCUCAGGAACGAGAAUUAGAAGAUACAAAAGACGAGCUAUCAAUGGCAGAGCAUGAGAAUAAACUCCUCAGGAAAAGCAUGGAAAUGCUCAGUGAAGAAGCAAACCUUAAUAGAUGUGAUGUGCAGGCACUCUCUAAUGAGCGAGAGAAAUUAAUGAAGAAGUUGAUUGAAGUGGAAAUGGAUGGACAGGCAGCAGUUAAACAAGUGAACGAGAUGAGGGAGGCCUUCAGGAGACUGAGAGAGGAGAACAGAAUCACAUCAACUGACUACAACAGAAUGGUCAAACAAAAGGACAGUCUUCUAGAGAAACUGACAGACUUUGAGGCCACAAACCGAGCUCUGAGACGCUUGUUACGAGAGCAACAUCAAGCUGAGACGGCAGCUGUUAGACUCGGUGAACAGAGAGACUUACUGAUGAAACGGCUUAGCGAGGCAGACAGAUUUAAUGAGCGAAUGUGCUUUUGCCAGAGGCGAUUGAAGAUCGAACUGCGAGAUAGAGAUCUGUUAAUAGCAGAAAUGAGGUCACAGAUGGCAGCACAGAGAAAAGCUUCAUUUAAGAAAGAGACAAAAUUAAAAGAUGAAAAUUUAGCUCUCUCUGGUCUCCAAUCUUCCAUUGAAAACACUAGAGCACAUUUGCAAAAACAGUUACGCACCAAAGAAGCUGAUUUAAAUCGUAUGGCGGUGCAAAUUAGGACAAUAGAAAGCACAAGAGCUCAGGACAAGAUUGAAAUAGAACAUCUCCAGGAACUUGUAACACGUGCCAAGGAGAAGGCCGACAGGGACAAGGAGGCCCUGAAAAAAGCCACUAGAGUACAAAAGCAGCGAGCGGAAAGAAGCCAAGAUGCUUUGGAGAAGAUGAAUGUACAGCUAAUGGAGCGAGAGGCACAACUGGAGGAUUUACGAUCCCAACUAGAGCUGAUGGGGCCUCGGUAUGAUAAAAUGGCAAAGGAGAAAUCCCAGCUUCAGGCUGAGAACUCGGCACUCAAGACGAGGAUGGGUGAGCUGGAAUCUCUAAUGGACCAAGUAGAAAACAGCUCCAAGUCACAGCAGGAAUCAGUCAGUGUACAACUCCAUGAAAUGCAGGCAGAAAACUCGGCUCUCAAAGUAGAGAAUGAAAGGCUCAAGACUUCAAUACAGGCUAUUGAAAGAAAGUUCCAGCAGGCAGAUGAAGAAUUGGUUCAACUUCGUGGAAAUCUCAAGCAGUACGAGAAUUUGGUGGAGGAAUACAAAGCUCAGAUGAACAAAUCUCGCCAGGAAGCUGAUGAUACCCUGGUACAGCUGGCCGAGGAGAAAAAGAACACAGAUUAUAUAGCCAGGGAAAGCGAAAUAGAGUUAGAAAAGGUCAAAGUUCGUCUCCAUCAGCGUCUCCAAGAACUUGAACCACUUCCUGAUAUGCUCAAGUCAACAGAACUCAAAUUAUUUGAGUCUCAAGAAAGAAUGCUGCUGUAUGAGAAAAAGAAUACAGAAAACACAAAGCUGAUUGCAGAACUUACAGCCAAGGUAGAACAUGUGACAGACCAGCUUGAACAGAACAGGAAUAGGUACCACGAGGCACAGGAUGAAAACCGCUUGAUGCAGAGCAAGCUGGAAUCACUAGAAAGGAAAUUGCGGGACUCAGAAGAAGCUAACAGAGAAUUGAUGGCCAGUGUGGCGAAGAGAGAGGAGGGAUUACAUCAAAACAAUCUUCGCUUGGAAGAAAAGUCAAGAGAAAAUGCUAGUCUUACUCGCCAAUUAGAGAAUGCUUUGUCCGAUAUACGACGCCAGACAGAACAGACCAGAGAUAAAGCACUCCAAAAGGAGAGAACCUAUCAGACGCGCAUUACAGACCUGGAGUCUCAGAUGAGUCAGUGUCGAGCAGAAAUAGCUCGCCUCAAACGGGAAAAAGAGGAGAAUGAGAGAAAGUUUAAUUCACGCUUAUAUGACCUGAAGGACCGUCUAGAACAAUCCCACAGUACUAACCGCAGCAUGCAGAACUAUGUCCAGUUUCUGAAGAAUUCCUAUGCCAAUGUAUUUGGGGACAGCACGGUCUCUUACCCCUCCACCCCUCUCAACUCAGGACACCCCCAGAUCUAGAACUCCCCCCCCCUUAUAUUCUUUUUUUCUUUUCUAGGAAUAAAAGCAACUCAUCUUUUAUUUAUUCUUUAAAUCUAAUUCUUGUGUACUUUUUAUGAGAAUUUUUAAGAUAUUAAAAGUAUUUUUAGAAGAGGUAAAAAAUAAUCAUGUAUAAAUUUUCUUACUUUUAUAUAUACAUGUAUUGCUCUAGCAUUCUGUUUAUUUUGUAAAAGCAGUUACUUGCCUAAAGAUAAUGUAAAGAGGCACAUGUAAUGUGUUUAUUUUACUUGAUUAUCACACACCCUUCCCAAACAAGCUUUAGGGUAGAUAGGAAUCACCAUGUCUGUGUGUCUGCUGGUAUUCCCAUCCCUUUUCCUACUCAGCCAACUUUUUUAAUGGAAUGAUAUAUGAAAUUUGUCACAAAAGCUGCUUAUGAUUGAGAGUGAAUUUCGACUGUAAUCGAGGAUCAUUACUAAAAAUAUCAAAGUAUAUUUUAUUCUGGCUGUAACUUUGAAAUGCAGAGAUUUUAGAAAAAAAAGCCACAUAACCUUAAAAUUUUGAUCUGAUAUACAGUACAAGACAAAAUUUUACUUGGAUUGUACAGAAUCUCACACUUGUCAUAUGUAUUGCUUAAAAUCAUUGAAUAUACAUGUAACUUUAAUCUGUGCAUAUGAUCAAGAGCACUUAAGUAAAAAAAAAAUUCUAUAUUUAUUGCCCCCCUAAAUUAAAUGUUGUGAAUGUGCCCAGUAUGCGGUAUUGGUUCUGCUAGGGCAGCUCUAGUGAAGAACUAAGUUAUUUUUAGUUACUUUUAUAAAGUGUCUGUGAUAUUUUAUUUUUGACUGUUUAUUUAAUUUUGCCGUCCAUUUUAAAUUAGAGAAGGGUGCUUUUGAGGCAUUUUAUAAGUAUUUCAAUUAUACUACAAGGUAGUCAUUUUAGACUUCAUAAAUUAGAUCAUAGCUCAUUCUCAUUACAUAAAGAUACCGAAAGACUUGCAAUCAAAUUUCUUUUUGCAUGAAAAUUUGAGCACUGUUUAAGGCACAACCUUGUUCAAUAAUUUGAUAAUUCUUCAAUAUCUUUUAAAUGCUGUAAAAUUAAAACAAAGCAGGUAGUUUUUGUAAUCUCGCAUAAAUUGACUUGCUGACUAUUACUCAAAGGAGAAGUUAAGAAAUGAGACAGCAUUUUAUUAAAGUGCGUGACAAACUGCCACACCCUUAACUCAUUCCAUAUUCACUGUCGGGAUUAAUAUUUAUAAUGAUUGUAAUAUACAAUGUGUACAACUUUUUAUUGUAACAAAGAAAACAGCAAUAAAGUGAUUCAAUUCA